AUGCCGAUUUCGGACCUGGGGCGGCGUUUGGGCGCACGCGGUGGCCGCUACUGGACCAAGACGGGUCCCGAUGCGAUAUCUCUCCAGGAGAGCCAUCGGCUUCAAAUCCUGUCCGAUGCUGGGCAGCUUAGACAUAUUCGGAUCCUGGCCGAAACUGGCGAAGUCUACGUGGAGAUGUCUGGGCAGGUGGUGCUCAAUCCGGAUGACUCGCUCGCAAGGAACCAUCCAGUGGAGGUCAAGGACGCACAGAUGAAGUCAUUUGGCACCUUCUCCGUAAGUGGCGUGUUCUGGACGGGAUGCCUUCAAGCACUGGCCUUCACUAUCCGAUAUAUUCUCUUUAUUCAGGUCGAGCAAGGCAACACCUUGCAGACUCGUUGGGGGCGGGUCGGGGUGAGUGUCUUGACUCACCUUGCAUCUUCGAUUGCUGCCACGGAUCUGUUUUCAAUCGCUGUUGCAGGAGCACCUGCCUCUGCCUUGGUGCAACUUCUUGCUGUGCCUGCGCUUACGAGUGCCAGCACGCCGCUGCUGCUAAUGGGAGCAUCGGAAACGGUUGCAGUUGGGGCCUCCGCCUUGUUCACACUCUUCGUUCCAGUUUUCUUCCACUACUGGAGGACGCGUCACGCAUUCCCGGACCGGAAGCUACGCCGAAGCUUCUUGUGGAUGCUGGGCUUGUCCACAUGCGCGCAUGGACUCCUGCUGGUGUUGCUGCUGAUUUGCACAGCCUACGUUCUCUUGAUCCAGGAUGGUUACUACGUGGCAGGAUCCUUCUUCUUGCCUUGUGUCGCAGCCGCGAGUGAAGCGCUCUGUGUCGCCGCGUCGCGCGAGGCCUAUUGCAGAUUUGCCUGGCCCCAUCGAACUGGAGGGACCGGAGCUGUGCCUGGGGAUCAGCUGAACAUUCCUGUGACCUUCUCCUUGGCCCUCAUUCACGGUGGUGUUGAGUGCAUGCGUCUGACAGCCGUCCUGGCUGGGGUGAUCCGGAAUGACGGCCUUGAGUGGAUUGUAGUCGCAGUUGCCACCUACACCAUGAAUAUACUGGUGCGGCUGGGGUGGAUCCGCUUCGCUCUAUUCAGUGCGGUGCAAGCCACAUGUGGCAAUCGAGUCGCGCUACGCUUGUUCGGUGUUACUGCCUGGACAAAGCUUCACGAUGAGAUCAAGAUUUAUUUGGGUUACUUCAGGUUUAUUCCCGUUCUAGCAUUGGUGGUUGCCAGGGCCAUUGUGCACGGCUUACAGCCCUUUGAUCAUCCUCAGACGCCCGGUUUCAGUCUCUCGGCCUUUUGUGCGAUCCUUGUGUUCCUCCUCACAGAGAUCCUGGAAGAUGCGACCGUCGUGAAGCAGCUGCUGCCCGAAAGCCCCACGACGGUGGCGAUGCAAGAAGGGCCGCCAUCCUUUAUGCAUCCGAGCCGCAAGGAAGUGACCCGGCAAGCCGGCGAGUUCAGUCAUUUGGGCCUGGACGCCAGGCCCAAGGUCUGCAGAGCCUGGGCCUCUCUUCAUCUCGUCUCCUUCCCGUCCCUGAACUUUAGACAAGGCUUAGAAGAGCCAAAGCUUUGGGAGCCUGGAGAUCUCUGCGGAGCUCUAAGGAUUGUGCGCGGCACGAGCAGCGACGCCUGGGGAAAGUUGCGGAGGAACCUUGGCGAGGCGAGCCGGCUGGUGCCGUCUCCUUCACUGCACGGACUCAGAGAGCUGCCCUUCAUCCUCCAGUUUUCCCUCGCGGGCGCCCUGUGCAACAUGAUGACAAUCCUGCUGGCCGCCUUCUUGGGGGAUGGAUACCUGCGCAAGGCAAUGCCACUUGCUUGGUGCUUCGCAAUAAUGGUCGGAGUGCCCGUGCAGGGCUUGCGACCAGCCAUUGACAAGGCAUGGACCACAGCGUCUGAGGCCACACGCGAGCAAGACAAGGAGGGGACAGAAGGAGACAGCUGUUGUUGCCAAGCGGCUCUCAGGGAGAGCCGAUUUCAGAUGGAUGGAGGUAGUUGCGAGAUCCUGAAGCACGAGCACCCAAGUCGACCUCACUGGUUUUGGCCCGAUGAGAAGCGCUGCUGCUGGCCGCAGAACAAGCUCUUCUGCGUCAUGCCGAACCUCCUCGACCUUCUGGGAGGCUUCGGCUCGCAUGGAGGCGUCGUAAGCGAGGAGAAGUGGUGCCCCACUCGGACCUCUCCCACGGGAACGGUGCGGGUUCCCGACAUGCAGGCUGCCAGGACCAAGCUCGAGUCCGAGCGGCGCAUGACCAAAUCCGUCAUCUUCAUCGCAGCCAAGCUUGCAUGGGGACUGGGAGGAUCAGGAUUCGAAAACAGCCACACGGGAGACGUGAAAGACAUCAUCGACCAAGCGAGAGAUGCCCAAAGUGCCGUGAAUGCCGUGGUGGGAGCCACGGCGCCCCCGGACGGAGUUCUCUCGGGUCCCGGCGGCGAAUGCCCAGGGGGUGUCAGCUGGGAUUACAAAGGCAGCAAGACGGGGUUGUCCGCGAGGCUGCAGGUUGCUUGGGAGGCCUUCGGCCUCUGGGACGGGGACCUGCACGAUGACUGGCUUGUCCUUGGGCGAGUUGAUGAAAAGUGCCACUGGGAGAUCUAUGAUCCGGAGGACGCCCCGCGGCCCCACUGCAGUAACUUCCUGAAGCUGAAAGUGAAGGGGAGAACGGCGAAUAUAUGUUACAAGCUGCCGGAGAAUGACACGCCGAAAGUGGUGGGCAUCCAUGAUCCUCAGUUUGAUGAGUACAAUCCAGAUGUUGGAGUACGCCAGGUUGAGUGGUACUGGGACCAUAUUGUCGGCAGGGAGCUGAAGCGAAAGCGAGGCUGCUACACUCUCAUGGGCUCAAGCCUACAUGAAGUCAGCCCUUGCCCAGACAACGUGCUCAAGGAGCUUGGGGCCUGGUGUAACGGAGUUCACUGCGUCGCCGGCAGGGAGAAGAAGAAGGUCCCGUGCCCUUCAGACCUCCGAUGUCCCUAG